AGGCGCCAAAUUGUUUUGCCAUGUCCGUAUGGUUUUGCUUACAUCGAUUAGCGCUCGCGUAUUGUACUUCCGGCAGUCUGCAUUUGGAGAAUUUUUUACCGUUUUGGUCCCUCCUCACAUUUGCGUUCUCCUCCUUGGCUUUUCCCCCCUCGCGUGACUUUAUAUGUUAACAUUUUUGCGUACUUCCUCGGGAAUUACUAUUUUGCAUCCAUUUUUAUGUUCCCAUUCUCCGUCGGUUUUUCUCCCCGCCGCGAGCCAUUUGAACAAUUUUUCGGCACAGUUUAGCCCUCUUUGUGCGGUCGAACGUAUGCAACGCCUCCCCCACCGUUCUUCCCCACCAAUAGAAUUGCAACGUUGCGCUAAGGACGAAUUCACCAUGCGAGGGAAACCCGAAUGCAGGCGUGCCGAAACAGAGUGACAACCCCGCGACUGCCACUUGAACGGAAGAGCGCAAAAUGGGGGAGCCACAGGAACCCCUGAAGUUCUCCGACUUCACCCUGUCCAAAUAUGGCAACAAGCGAAUCAGGAUAAACAAACCGGAUGGAGAUGUGAAAUAUUUGAUUUCCCGUUUUACGGACAAUCGGGAGAUUAGCAAGUUGGCCGGCCCGGUGACGUUCAUCUCCAAAGACCAGCAUGGCGAAAGCCCCGCGCCGAACGACAAAAACAACAACGCCUUCUAUUGGCUGCUAAAAAACCCGUCGAGCGAAAAGGCAAAGCCAAAUCACAAGCCGUACAUGUCCAAAAAGUGCAACAUGGACACGGAUGUAUUUUUUGUGCUAAUGGAAAAUGAAGAGUACUCGGAUAUUUACCCCAUCUCCAGUUGGCACGUCUUCGAACCGGACCUGUCGGCCAAAACGUUGAGCAAGUUUAACGUAGAUAAUAACCCGGAAGAAAAGCUAAAAGCAGAACAGAACAACAGAAGGUUAGAUGACAUUAUUGAAAGGCUAAAAAAUAAAGAAGAAGUUAUGAAGGUAAAUUCCAAAGUGAGAGAAGAAGGAAAUAAAAAAAAAAAAAAAAAAAAAAAAAUUAUAAAUUCAGACUCAUCUUAUUCAUCCGAUGAAGAUGACGAUUUAGGGUUAAAAAGACAAGAAAAAAAAAGAUUAAAAAAUUUAUACAAAUUAAGAAUGAGAGAAAAUCAGGACGAAAUUGAUUACGUCGAUUCUGCUCUCUCCAUCACGGCCUUAAGAAAAAGUAAAGUCAACUGGGAUUACAGCAAUGAUGGGAAGAAAAGCGAUGAUGAAGAUAUAAAUAUGGAGGACUCUGGGCAGGAAGAAUUUGAUGAUGAUGACAAUAAUGAUGAAAAUGAAGAUUCGGAAAACAACUCAGAUAAUGACCUCUCUCGAUUGACGACUUACGGACAGACUAUGAAGUCUCUGCUGAAGCAACAAGUGCAUGAUGAGGAGGAUGAUGAACUGAAGCAGUACUCCGAUGAUGAUGAGGAUGAUGAGGAUGACGACGAUGAAGAGGAGGAGGAGGAAGAUGGAGAGGAAGAGGAGAAUGACAAAGCUGAUGACGGAACUGUAAACAUGGCCAAGAAAAAUCUAGCCGCCAAAAAAAGAAUGCUAAAAAGAGAGGCACAGAAGAAGGUCAAAAAAGGUGGUGCCACGAACAGGCCGCAAAAGGAUAAGCGCCACGUACAAGAGGAUGACGAGGAGGAGGACGACGAUGAGGAGGACGAUGAGGAGGACGAUGAGGAGGAUGAAGACGAUUACCAGGGGGACAAAAAAAUCUCCCCAAACAAAAAGCAACCCCUGCAGAAUGCCAAAACUAACAGCAUCAACGAAUUCAUUAAGGAAAAAAUUAAAAACAAGGAACUACAAAUAAAGGAAGAAAACUGCGCGAAAAUUUUACUAAAGCUGAUUGAAAAAAACAAUGGCAGGAUGGACAUCUUGACUCUCCUAGACGUUUUAAACAUAAAGGAAAAAAACCAGAGCUUCCUAAUCGUCCAGAAGUGCAUAAAAAACCUGUGCAACAUUAGCUCGCAGACGGUUAACAACAAGAAGGUGAAGAUGGUAUCCGUGAAGCCGAGGUUUGCCCCCAAGAAGUAGCUGCUUCACGCGGUGACGUGGGUGGGCAGCCAGCCGAUUG